UUGACCUUGAUGAGUGUCAACAAAACUUGCAAAGGCUGUUGUGCUCGGAAAUCCGUAUCAGCGUGGCUUGUUCUAGGAAAAUGCUUAAUGUUAAUUUUUUAAAUAGGUGUGUAAGUGCUGCAGCGAUCUCGAAGAAUGGAUGGAGGACGCUGUACUUCGCUGACAACGCACACAGAAGUAAAGCACCGCCAUUUCGAACAGCAAGAAAUUACAGCUCUGAUCAUAGCACUUCGGAAGAGGCAUCAAAAAAUCAUUAUUAUACACUGAUUGGAGUUGGAGGCGUGGGCGCUCUGUUAGGUAUGGGAUUAUACUGGAAACUGAAACAAGAUGUUGUCUCCGCAGCAACGAUUGAUGUAGGUGAACAAAGGAAAGACUUGCCUACGUACACGGCCGAAGAUGUCGCUAAACACAAGUCAAAAGAUACAAAGAUUUGGGUGACGUACAAAUGUGGGGUGUAUGAUAUCACAGAUUACGUAUCGCAACAUCCGGGAGGUUCGAAAAUAAUGAUGGCAGUGGGUGGAUCUAUUGAACCAUUUUGGGAUUUGUAUGCAGUGCACAAGAAUACGGAAAUAUUGGAAAUAUUAGAAACAUUCAGGAUAGGGAAUAUUGUCCCACCUAAAAAAACGGAUGUUAAAGAUAAAAACGAUCCCUAUGGCAACGAACCAAAGAGAAAUCCAGUUCUUAUCCCAAGUUCCCUAAAACCGUUUAAUGCCGAACCCCCAUCUCUCUUACUCACGGAGCAAUUCUUGACCCCUAAGGACCUCUUCUUUGUCCGAAAUCACCUCCCUGUUCCAGUCGUUGAUAUGAAAGCGUACCGGUUGGAAAUAGGCAUUGAAGGUAAAAAUAAACUGAAAUUGAACAUCGACGAAUUGAAAAAGAAUUUUCCCAAGAUGUAUACAUCGUCGGUGGUGCAGUGCGCGGGAAAUCGACGUAGCGAAAUGACGAAGAUUAAGCCUGUUAAAGGAUUGAACUGGAAUAAUGCGGCAAUUAGUAAUGCAUCCUGGGCAGGUGCAACUUUAAACGAUGUUAUGAAUAAAGCAGGCAUUGAUUUAGACAAAUGUAACCAUAAGCAUAUUGUGUUUGAAGGGAUGGACAAGGGUCCUGAGGGAGCCCCGUACGGCGCCUCGCUGCCGAUCGAACUGGCCAGACAACUUAAGAACGAUAUAUUGCUGGCAUAUGAAAUGAACGGAACGGAAUUACCUCGGGAUCAUGGUUACCCUGUCCGAGUGAUCAUCCCAGGUGUCGUUGGUGCACGACAGGUAAAAUGGCUGAAUAAUAUUUACCUCAGCAACGAAGAGAGCACCUGUCAUUGGCAGAGAAAAGAUUACAAAGGAUUUAACGCGUCGGUCGACUGGCAUAAUGUCGAUUUUGAAAAAUCGGAAGCCAUUCAACAACUUCCUGUAAUUUCGGCGAUUUGUGAUCCAGCAGAAGGAACUGAACUGGAAAACGGAGCAGAGGAGGUCACGGUGAAAGGUUACGCAUGGAGCGGAGGAGGACGAGCCAUUUUACGAGUGGACAUUUCAGCAGAUGGAGGCAAGACAUGGAUGACAGCAGACCUACAACCAACCAAUCAAAGCCUUUAUAAGACAUGGGCGUGGACGUUAUGGGAGGCAACUGUGCCUUUACCAGCGAAUCAUGGCGGUAAAGCUGAGUUAAUCUGUAAAGCUGUGGAUGUGUCGUAUAAUUGUCAGCCUGAUAACGUGGAGGGUAUCUGGAACUUGAGGGGUGUUCUCAGUAAUGCCUGGCAUCGAGUCAAUGUUAAAAUUCCAUCAUAAUCUUUGUUUAUUUUGUUAUGCUCAUUGAAAGAUAAUCUAAGUACAGGCCAAUGUAGCCUAAUAAUUUAAGUACGUAGCCUAAUAAUUUGUGUUUAAGUACAGGACAAUGUAGCCAAAUCAUCUAAGUACAGGACAACAUAGCCUAAUAAUUUUCUUUUAACCGAAGUUAAUUUAGUGACUCACAAUCCUCAUGUAUUGAGAAGUUCUUUAAUACCUUUAAAGAAUCAUAUUAUUAAUACACAACAUUUACUAUACAUUGUAUAUACAUGUAUACACCAUUUAAAUAGUUAUAUAGGGACAUUGGAUGGCCGAAUCAAACGGUCUGUCAUUGAGUCAGCUGGCUUGGUUUCGAUUCCCGGUUGUCCGUGACAAGGAGUUGGGUCGCCUGUCCAACCUCGUGGGUUUUCUCCGGGUCCUCUGGUUUCCUCCCACUGCUAAAAACCCCUACGCGCAAGCAGAUUAUGUGUUAGUCCUGAAAUGACCUAGUUUGUGUCGAGUUAAACCCCAUUUCUCUCUCUCUCUCUCUAAAUGUUUUUUUAUAAUCAGUGCACUUAAAUAUUCAGGAUUUUUUUAUCCGCAUCUAUGUAAGGUAAUAGGAGGGGAGGUGGAAUAUUGAGUCCCAAUUUUUUAUCCAAAAAUAUCUCAGGAACCACUUUAGAUAUAUUUAUGGACAUUUGUAUUCACAUUAGCCUAUUAUUAGUAGUAGUGGUUAGUUUUGCUAAUUAGAAAUGAAUGUUUAUGUUUCCCAUGGAAAUUAAUUUGACUGGGUUUUUGUGCAGACGUGUAGGACGUUGAAAUGUUAUAUUUUUAGUAUUCAUCUACCAUAUCAUUUACAUGUAGAAGACAGGAAAACAUUUCUUGGAGAAAAGUUAAAUUUUUUUAAUAUUUCAUAACCAUAAAAGGGGUUCCAGUUCCAGGCUAAAGGAUAAAUUUUAUCUGGAAUUUCUAUUUUUGCUCAAAAUGUAUUAAAUUGUUUCAAUGGCAUUUAGUAAUUAAACUGGCGUAUACAGGUCACAAUUUUAUGGAAUAUAAUUACUGCUUAUUACUGAGCGACAUUUCGACUAGGCUUCUCUAGUCAUUAUCAACCAAUGAUAGUCAAAAUGUCGCGCAAUUAUAACAAUAAUUGUAUUCCAUAGAAAGUGGGGGUUGGGUUGUCUGUGUGUGAAAUCUUAAGGUCUCUCAUUCCCCACUUGUACGUGACAAGGAGCAGGGUCCCCUGUUGAACCUCGUGGGUUUUCUCUGGGUCCUCCGGUUUCCUCCUACUGCUUUAAGACCCCUACGUUCAAGAGAAUUAUUGAAAUAAAAUUGUAUCGUAUUUUAGUCCCGAAAUGACCUACUUUGUGUCAAGUGGAAACCCCAUUUCUCUCUGUCUAUUCCAUAGAAUUGUGACCUGUGUAUUCCUAUUUAUUAUUGGCCAGAAUUAUGAUAAAGAAUUUUGUAAUGUCUGUUUCCUGUAUCUCUGUAUAGCUAUGUUUAAACGUAGGAUUUAAAAAUAAUCUUGUGAUAAAAUUCUAUUUCAUGAUUUAAAAAUAAUCUUGUGAUAAAAUUCUAUUUCAUGAUUUAAAGAUAAUCUUGUUUUAUAUGUAAAUGUAUUUCAUGAUUUGAACAUAUUCUUUUAUAAAAAUUAAAAAUGUUAAAACAGGAAUGUUGUUUAAAUGUUAAAUAUAUAUUUCCUGAUUUAAAUGUGACAAUGUAAAUAUGAAGAUGUAGUAUAAGUGCCUUAAAUUCUUUAAUUAUUGUGGCUUGUUGUUGAUAAUAUCUUUAUUACUCCACAAUUGUUUACAUAAUAUACUUACAUAUUAAAUUUAACUUAUCUACA